AUGUCGACCAACUCCAAUCGCAUGUCUCGGCCAGGCCGCAACAGCCUCAACAACUCGCGGAUGAGUGCUCGUCGGUCGCGGGCACUCUCGCGCGGCACCCUUCUCGGCGAUGUCAGCACCGAGGACGGCUACAGCUAUGCCCUCCGCAUCGCCUUUCUCAACUAUCUGCUGCAGCCGAAGAAGAAACGGAAGGAGUACGUGGCGGCGGCGCCGAAGCCGGUGUCGCGGCGGUAUUCAAGCAGCGUGGGCGACAUGAUGAAGGAGUUGAUGCCGGCCAGCUCGAGCUCGGGCUCGGGCUCAGGCCUGGGCUCAGGCUCGUCGAGCAUGAAGCUGCCGCACAGCUUCCGGGCGGCAAUGGAGAAGCGGAUGGAGGGCGUGCUGCGUGGAACGGAAAAGAUGCCGGGCUACAGCGACGCGGCCGUGAAGCGGACGUUUGGCGAGGCGUACACGGCCUUCACGGCGCUAGCGUUCCGCAAGAGCAUCGACAAAGACCGCAAGAUCGAGCCGCUGAUCCUGAUCUUCUACACAGCCAGCAGCAAGGCGCAGGGCCGCGGCAAGACAGCCGAGGAAGACGCGUGGAAGAUGAUGGUGGAUCGCCACGUGGCCCUCUUUGUACGGCUCGUCAGCAGCGUGCUACGCGACCAGGGCAGCGAUCAGAGCCGGCCGGAGCUGAUGGCGCGGCUGGCAUCGCUGGAGAAGAAGCUGCUGACCAAUGACCAGGACCUGUACAUCGACACGGGCCAGGUGGGCGAGCACAAGACGAUCGAGGUCGAGGUGCCGCUGACAUACGAGGUCAAGGACAUGCCGAUGGUGCAGACGGUGGCGCGGCUGUUUGGACGGCCGCUCGAGGACGUGCAGGUGGACAUUGACCGCGACAUGUCCGAGUGGACGGAGGAGGCGGCGCUCAAGGAUCUCAAGAACUACCAGCACCGGCUGACGAGCAACAUGCCAGGGGCGCUGCGGCGCCAGGACUUUGACGUCGACAGCUCGUUUGAGGAGUGGAAGAAGACGGAGGUGCACCAGCUGACGCAGCUGAUGCUGGACGUGCUACGGGCACGGCCGGAGCUGGCCAAGACAUCGUCGGGCCUGGCAAUGCGGCCGACUUCGGUCUACUCGGAGAGCCAGGCGUUCUCAGACCUGAGCCGGAUGCUCUCGGCGACACCGGACGGCGACACGGGCGCGUCGAUUGGCGGCAACGACCUCGGGGCCGACGGGACCUUUGGCUUCUCAGCGCUCUCGCUGGUCGACAGCAUCGGCAGCGGCAUGACCGAAGAGGACAUGCCGGACUACACGUUCAUCCCGCCGGACCCGCGGGCCUAUUACCGGCUCAUACUCAAGCAGGCGAUGACGCACGACCUGCAGCACCCCGAUGAUGCGGGCGCGAUGGUGUCCGAGGCAGUGCCACUGCUGCGGCCGUCGACAGAGCUGCUGAUAGAGCUGGCGGUGCACUGGCGGCUGCCCCAGCCGUCGCGGUCGGUGCUGCUGCUGGACGUGGCGGCGCAGAAGUACUUGGAGGACGAGCUGCCGGCCGAGGCGGUGUACGAGAUCUUUGAGGACGUCAAGCUCAAGGCGAGCGUGGACCACCUGGCACACAACAAGAAGGCGCCACACAUUCAGCUGUUUGGCAGCCCGCUGCAGGACAUGCCGCACAGCCGGUGGGCGCUGCAGGACUACACGGCGUACCAGCAGAUCCUGGGCAAGAUGUUUGAGGCGAUGCUGCGGGAGCUGCUGGAGGUGGCAGCGCAGUGCUACGAGGCGAAGCCGAAACCGAUUGGGCCGUCGCUGAUGUUUAUACGGGACCACUGCCAGGCCGACAGCGCCUUCUCGGAGCGAGCGGAGGUGGUGGAGCAGUUUGCCGAGGCACUUCGGACAGCGAUGUGGGAGCGGGCGGCAGCGGCGUACCGUGAAUUUCUGGACAAGAACAUUCCGCAGCUGGAGGACGACUGGGACUUUAGUCAUGUGGUCAACCUGGGCAAGGCAGUGGUGGGCCUGUGCGAGCGGACACGCAAGCGGUACCGCAAGAAUCCAGAGAUCAUGGGGGUCAGCCCGUUCAACGAGCUGGUGGUGACGGUAUUCCCGAGCUUCGAGCAGGACGCGCAGGCGAUCAUCGAGCGGGUUAUGGAAGUGGCCAAGGGGCGGGGCGAGGAGGUCAACGUGCAGGACGGCUUUGAUCUGUACCACGAGCUGGUGGAGAUUCGCAAGAUCCACGUGGAGUCGCUGCCGGGACGGCCGUUUGCCUUUCACAUCGAAGGCCUGCUGGAGGACUUUGUCUGGCGGUGGAUCCGGGGCGCACAGGAGCGGAUGGAGCGGAUCGUCGAGGAGGCCAUCAAGCAGGACCCGUUUCAGGUGCGGGCGCCAGCCGAGGAUGAGGUGCCGACGGACGAGCAGCGGCACAGCGUGUCGAUCAUGGACACAUUCCAGGCCUUCAAUCAGAGCGUCGACCAGAUCUACCAGCUCGAGUGGGACGACGACGUGCACCACGCCACGUUCAUGACGGCGUUAGCAAGCGCCUUUACCGGGGGCAUUGGGCGGUACUGCGAGAUUGUCGAACAGCAAUUUGUCAGCGAGAUGGACCGGCCGUCGGAGCAGGAGCUGAGCGCGGCCAACAAGACGACGCAGGAGCGGUGGAUGCAGUUUGCCAAGGACGCGCUGAGCACGAAGGAGAAGGCGGUGCCAUUUCAGUUUUACCCAGAGUCAUUUGUCAAGCUCAACAACAUCGAAUACGCCAUGCAGGCUCUGGACAAGCUGGAGAAGAUGGUCAACGUGGACGGAUGCGCCGAGGUGCUGCGACGCGAAAACGGACCGAUCAAGCCAGUGGACCGACGCAACGCCAAGUACGUGUUCACGAUCAAGAUUGUCGAGGCCGAAGACCUCAAGGCAUGCGACCCGACCGGGACGAGCGACCCGUACGUGGUGCUGGGCGACGAGUACCAAAAGCGGCUGGCCAAGACGCGAAUCGUGAUGCGCAACCUGAAUCCGCGCUGGGACGAGUCGGUGGAGAUCACGGUGUCGGGGCCGCUCAACAUCAUCGCGACGAUCUGGGACUACGACACGUUUGGCGACCACGACUUUGUGGGCCGGACAUCGCUGAAGCUGGAUCCGCUGCACUUUGGCGACUUUCUGCCGCGCGAGUUCUGGCUCGACCUCGACACCCAGGGCCGACUGCUGCUACGGGUCAGCAUGGAAGGCGAGCGCGACGACAUUCAGUUCCACUUUGCCAAGGCGUUCCGACACCUCAAGCGGACGGAGCGCGACAUGGUGCGACGGGUGACGGACAAGCUGGUAGCCCACAUCAACGAGACGCUGUCGUACGAAGCCGUCAAGGCGCUGCUGAACCGGGGGCUGGCCUCGUCGAUGGCAGCGCUGUGGCAGAAGCGGGCGAGCAAAGCGCCAGCAGUGACGGCAGCCGAGGUGGAGAACGCGCUGCAGCCGCUAUUCACGUACUUCAACGAGAACUUUGCGGUGAUGAACCAGACGCUGACACACGCGACCAUGAUGGCGGUGAUGACGCGGCUGUGGAAGGAGGUAUUGAUGGCGCUGGAGGCGCUGCUGGUGCCACCGGUGUCGGAGAAGCCGUCGACGCAGAAGCCACUGACACAGCCGGAGCUGGAUGUGGUCUACCGCUGGCUCGAGCUGCUGUUUGACUUUUUCCACGCGCGCGACGAGAACGGCGAGGUGCUGGGCGUGCCGGCUGAUAUUCUCAAGUCGGCCAAGUACCACGAGCUGGCCUCGCUCAACUUCUUCUACUUUGAGACGACCGAGAACCUGAUCCGGACAUCGGAGCGGAUGGCGGCCGCGACGGCGCAGCGGGCCCAGCAGCAGCUGCAGCAGCAGCAGCAGUUACAGCAGCAGCAAAACGCAGCGCGGCCGCUGUCGGCGCCGCCAGGAUUCCCAGGUUUUGCCGGGUCGGGAGCAGCGACACUGACGGCGAGCGCGUUUGCUAGCAUGGGCACGAUCCGACGCGGCAAGAGCAUCAUGAUGAGCCGCAAUCUCGGGACGAUGCGCAAGGCCAAGGAGGAGAAGCGACGAGAGGCGCAGGCGGACCCGUCAGACGACAUGAUCCUGCGGAUUUUGCGGAUGCGGCCGGAAGCGGCCGGCUACCUCAAGGAGCGAUACCGUCAGAAGGAGCGGAUGGCGGCACAUCAGGCGGCCGCCCUGAUUGUGCGGCAGAGCAUCAACCAGGGCUGGUCGGGGCCGGCGUUUGGGGGAGCGACGUACACUGGCACCAGCCGGGUGCCGGCUGUUGCCGGCUGCAGCCAGCCUGGCGGUGUGGACGUGGGCCAGGUGGCGCCGGCCACGGCAGCAGCUGCUGGCGACCCCACCCCCGCCCAGUUUUUCUCGCCCAAAAGCGGCCGCACACUGCCCACCAUGGCGUACACGAUCCGCAAGAUUGCGGCGCCCUACACGCUGGAGCACCGGGUGUACGUCGAGAAGGACGGCCAGCCGGUGUCGCCCUUCCACGACAUUCCGCUGUAUGCCAACCCGGAGCAGACGGUGCUCAACAUGGUCGUGGAGAUUCCGCGCUGGACCAACGCGAAGCUCGAGAUCUCCAAGGAAGAGCCCCUGAACCCGAUCAAGCAGGACAUCAAGAAGGGCAAGCUUCGCUACGUCCGCAACUGCUUCCCGCACAAGGGCUACCUCUGGAACUACGGGGCCUUCCCGCAGACGUGGGAGGACCCCAACGUGGUGCACCCCGAGACCAAGGCCAAGGGCGACAACGACCCGCUGGACGUGUGCGAGAUCGGCGAGCUCGUCGGCUACACCGGCCAGAUCAAGCAGGUCAAGGUGCUCGGCGUCAUGGCCCUGCUGGACGAGGAGGAGACCGACUGGAAGGUCAUCGUGAUCGACGUCAACGACCCGCUGGCCCCCAAGCUCAACGACAUUGAGGACGUUGAGCGCCACCUGCCGGGACUCCUGCGCGCCACCAAUGAGUGGUUCCGCAUCUACAAGAUCCCCGACGGCAAGCCCGAGAACCAGUUCGCCUUCACGGGCGAGUGCAAGAACAAGAAGUACGCCACCGAUGUCAUCCGCGAGUGCGCCGAGGCCUGGGAACGCCUCAUCACCGGCAAGACCCAGCCAGGUAGCGUGUCGACUGCCAACGUCUCUGUCGGCCACUCGCCCAGCCGCGUCUCCCUCGACCAGCUUCCACCUAUCCCGGCCAACGAGGAGCUGCCGGCUGAGAAGAUUGACGCCUCGAUAGACAAGUGGUUCUUCAUCAGCGGCGCCUCCGCAUGA